CCUGACUACUGACACUAUUGGUCCAGCAGCAUAACGCCAUGGGGGGCGGAUUCUUAUUGGGUGAUAGCAGCUUAAUCCGUGAGCUCAACAUUUUAUAAUAUCUACAGUUUAAACUUUUUCCAUGGAAUUACGCUGGGUGAGACAAUAAACGCGAACAUGAAACGAAAUGACAAGAUCUGUCGGAAAUGGAGGAGUCGUCUGAUCCUCAGUAGCAUGAGAUCAAUUUUGUUUUCCAAAAUCUGUAUGCCUUCAGUUUAAACUGUAAGAAACUCCAUAAAGGGAUCCUUUUCCAAAGACUGGCAUUGUAUCACUCUGCAAAACUACACCUAGAAUCAGUGUUUCCUGUGGGAAAGAUUUUGUUUUCUUACCCUUCACUAAGUCUGUCACAGUGCCCCCUGCUGGGGCCAUGCCCCACCUGCUGAACAAUGACACUUCCUUCAGCUCCAAGCAAGAGCUUCUGGUCCUAUGUGACAGUCCACUGGGACCCAGCCUGGACACAUCCAGCCCAGUGGAGUCCCAGGGCUCUGGUCCAAGCAGCCUACCUGGAGAUGUCCCCACUGUCCUCCACAAGACUCGCAAACUGGGGCUUGACCACACUGAGCCACCCACUGGAGUGAAGUUUGUCUCGACGGACUCUGAGAAUCUUUGUGGAUGGGGAGCACUGAUCCCAAAGUGUAUCCAGACCUUCAACACCCCACGCUGGUUUCUCUUCUUCCUCUGUGUGGCCUCCUUCCUCCAAGGCAUGAUCAUCAACGGCUUUAUCAACACUGUCAUCACUUCCAUUGAGAGACGUUUUGACCUGCGCAGCUACCAGGCAGGACUCAUCGCGAGCUCCUAUGACAUUGCUGCCUGUGUGUGCCUGACAUUCGUGAGCUACUUUGGUGGUACUGGUCAUAAGCCUCGAUGGCUGGGCUGGGGUGUGCUCAUCAUGGCACUGGGCUCUCUGGUCUUUGCCCUGCCCCAUUUCACCACACCACCCUAUCAGGUGAGAGUACCGGAGCGCAUGGGACUGUGCUCGGCCAAUCACACCGAGACGUGUAUCAGCAAGGAAGGUGGGUUCUCGGCUUACCGAUUCGUCUUUAUGCUGGGACAGUUUCUGCAUGGGAUCGGGGCAACCCCUUUGUACACCCUCGGGGUCACCUACCUAGAUGAGAAUGUCAAGUCAAACUACGCACCUGUAUAUAUAGGAAUCUUCUACACAGCUGCCAUUGUAGGACCUGCAGCUGGAUACUUGCUGGGUGGAUUCUUUCUCAACAUUUACACAGAAAUCGACCAAACGACAGAGCUGACUCCUGAAAACCCACUGUGGGUGGGAGCUUGGUGGAUUGGUUUCCUGGCAGGAGGAGCGGCAGCUCUGAUUAUCGCUCUGCCUAUACUGGGUUACCCACGGCAGCUACCAGGCUCUCAGCGGUAUGUGGCCAUGCGGGUCUCAGAGGCCCACCAGCUGAAGGAUGGCAGUCAGGUCACUGCAUCUGAUCCUCAGUUUGGCAAAACAGUAAAGGACAUGCCCAGGUCAAUGCUGCUGCUUUUGAAGAACCCUACCUUCAUCUUUCUGUGUCUCGCUGGGGCCACGGAGGCCACACUCAUAGCCGGGAUGUCCACGUUUGGCCCCAAAUUUCUGGAGUCUCAAUUUAGUCUGAGUGCUUCAGAAGCAGCAACCUGGUUCGGGUAUAUGGUGGUACCAGCUGGUGGAGGAGGUACCUUCUUGGGUGGCUUCAUUGUAAAUAAGCUGAAACUUCGCUGCCGCGGGAUCAUCCGUUUCUGCAUGCUGUGUGCGGUGGUCAGCCUGAUGGCUAUCUUCAUCUUUUUGGUACACUGUCCUAAUGUGCCCAUGGCGGGAGUAACCGCCCCAUACUACAACAACAAUGCACACAACCACUACAGUGCCCCCUACCAGGAGACAGAGAUCCAUAACAACAGCUUCUCAGAUCUGGGCAACCUGACCGUAAGCUGUAACAUUGGCUGUCACUGUGUUGAGGAGUUGUUUAACCCCGUGUGUGGUGCAGAUGGAGUGAUGUAUUUCUCUCCCUGCCAUGCCGGCUGUAGCUCCCUCAGCCACACAGACAGCCCCAGAGGCAGACAGGUGUUCUCUGACUGCAGCUGUGUGGUAGGGAAUAUAUCAUGGGGAGAACAAGGUUUUGCUGAAGAAGGGAGGUGUGUGUCGUCCUGCAAUCACAUGCCAGCCUUCCUCUCCUUCCUCUUUGUCAUCAUCAUCUUCACUUUCCUCUGCAGCAUCCCUGCUCUUACUGCCACACUCAGGUGUGUUCCUGACAGUCAGAGAUCGUUUGGACUUGGAAUCCAGUGGAUCGUAGUAAGGACUCUUGGUGGGAUCCCAGGCCCUAUAGCAUUCGGCUCUGUGAUUGACAUCUCCUGUCUGCUGUGGGAGGAGCAGUGUGGGGAAUACGGCUCCUGUUACCUGUACCACAACUCAGCCAUGAGCCAGUACUCACUCAUCGCAGGCAUUAUCUACAAGGUUUUAGGCACUAUUUUCUUUUUGCUGGCUGCCAUGCUCUACAAGCCGCCUCCAGAGUCUCCUCCGAGCAGCUGUGAGAGCACAGAUGUGGGAGGGGGCGGGGCCAGAGACCUGCCAAUCAAAGACCUCUCUGCUGAGAUCAUCUCCAACCCACACACCAAAUUAUGACUCUAUCUACAAAAACACCUUAAAGUGUGCGCGUGUGUGUGUGUACACGGUAUAAGGUCAACACCAUCACUGCUCACUUUGCCUCAUCCCGCCAACUGUACAUUGUUCCCAUUUGUUAUAUGUUCUCAUUGGCCCACCAAUUUGAAAUGACACAGAUAUAAGGACUGAAAGAAUUUGUCACAAUAAAUGACCAAAGGUCAAAAUUUAAAUCAUAGCAUAUAUAUUACAUAAACAGAAAUGACCAAAAGCCAGCAUAAUCUUAAUUUGAAAAUAGAUUAUUUUUGGGCAUAAACUGAUAUUUUUGUAGUUUUUUUUGUUGCAUUUUUGUAAGGAAAAAGCCAUAGGUGAUACAGAAAUAGAGCGCUUAAUAUAAAUGUAAUGGAAAGAGAGUAAU